GACAAACGGAGACCUGCAGUCAACGCACCCUGGGCCCUCUAUAUCCAUAUAUCGUUCCCCAACUCUCUUCCAGCACUCUACGCGCUCGUCCCGCUCGCCAUAACAAAACUCGAAGGCAACUCGAAGGCUGUCCGGGUGAUAGAAAUGGCGCUUGCAGCGGGGCAACUAGUACGCUUCUCUUCUCGAGGAGCGAAGUACCGCCCCGCACAGCGGGACAGGGCGUCUGCGCAGGGAGGGCUAGCCAGCGGUGGCCAGUCGUCGUCGUUGUGCGGAGCCAAGAUCGGCGCUAUCACGUGUGACGUGGCGUCGGGCCGAUCUCGCCUUCUCUGUUUCCUACCACGACCAUCGACAAUGCCCGCCGCGCCCUUAACGUCCGCCCUGCCCGUAAUCGCGCAACCGCCGUUGCUGACGAGCCCCGCGACGAUGAAGCUAUGCGGAAGGAAGCUGGUUGGCCCAGGCCCGGGUUGUGGGGGUUUGACUGCCACUGUAGUGUGCUCUUCAACGACCGACAACGGCCCCGGUAGGAGGAGCGAUGGCCGCGCGCACGCACAUGGGAGGAAGGAUGGGAAAUGCAGAGCUGAGAUCUUGAUUCUUGAGGAAGGACGGGCCAGUGCACUCGCUGAACCAGUCAUACUUCAACUGCAUCUCCUUGACAAGACUUCCCUUCAAGACCUCCACGCGCUGCCUCAAGCAAUGAUGCCCCUGCGCCGUUUCGCUGCCUGCAUACCUCCCUUCUGCUCUUGGUCGAGCCCUCCUUAUCGCCAUCUAUAUCUUCAAGCUUCGAAGCUCGCUCUACACCGGGUUCACGGAUUGCUCUUCAGCCUGAAAGACUGGGCACCGUUUUACCAAGCUGCAAGCACGUCCAUCCAAGACGGCACCAUAUAUUGUACCUUAUCCCAUUCCCAAUCGAAUGCCGUCUCAAGGCGUGCUUCUCCCAAUCAACCACCUUCUUCAAAAAUCACCACCAUCCGCCCAUGUCGGCAAUCACCCAUUUCAGCCCCGCUUCUUUACCCUGCCCAACGCUCAAAAUCAUGGACGAGACCUUCCUCAUGCCCGCUCCGUCUCGUUUCUUUGCAGUAG